AUAAGAUACCCCCGUGAAAUAUAUCGUUAAAUAAGUAAUAUAGGUUGUGUGAAGUGAACAUCAAAUGCAAUGACAGUUUCCGCAUCAGCAGUACCGAUCGAGCUGUUUUAUUCUAGGUAUGCGUUAGUCGAGCAGACGGCAAAGAUGAAUCUCAUCUACUGGUUGGUGCUCAUCGUGCUCUUGCUCGCCGCCUACUACGUGUGGAACGCUCUCUACGGCCUGCCGUCGGACCUGCCGCCAGGACCAUCCGGUUGGACACGGCUGCCCUUCAUCGGCUCUCUCCUGUCCACGCGAGCCGAUAUACACGUCCAGUUUCAGGAAUGGGCGAAAAUCUACGGCCCGAUAUUCCACGUGCAGAUGGCAACGAAGCUGCUGAUCGUGCUUAGCGACGUUAAGCUCGUUAAGGAGGCCUUCUCUAGGGACGACUUCGCAGGGCGACCUCACACGAACAUCAACGAUUACUACACAGAAGACCUAAAAUACGGAGUCGCGCUCAAUCAAGGUCCAGCGUGGAAGGAAAAUCGCCGUUUCUCUUUAACAUGUUUACGAGAUUUCGGUAUGGGUCGCUUCACGAUGGAAGCAAAGAUCAUGGAAGAGGUGACCGUCUUCUUGGACAUAUUCAAGCAAGAGGAUCGACACAGCGGCUUCGACGUGCACAACCAUCUGACCGUCAGUGUUUCAGCUAUCAUCAGCUCUCUUGUUUUCGGCAAGCACUUCACACACGACGAUCCUUACUUCGUUCGCUUCCUGGAUUGUCUGAAUAGAAUAGCCAAAGCGAUCACUCCCGACGCUUCCAACUUCAUACCGGGGAUCAGCCUGCUGCCAAACAGCAACUUUAGAAGGUUUAAAACCUCUUACAACGAAGUGAAGACAGAUUUCUUUGAGAAAGAAAUAGCCGAACACAAGGCAAGACUAGACACCGAGAAUCCUCGCGAUUUCAUUGACGUCUACCUGACGAAGAUGAUCGAACUGCGGAAGGCAGGAAAGCAAACGACCUUCUCAGAGGAGCAGCUGCUCGUGCUGGUCAGUGAUAUCUUCGGCGCGGGAUCCGAGACCGGAACCACAACCAGGCUAAAAUGGGCCUUCCCUAACAUGAUCCGACAUCCAGACAAGCAGAGCAAGGUUCAAGAAGAGUUGGAUCUUGUGGUAGGACGAAGUCGACUACCGUGUCUGAAUGACCAGGCUAGUUUGCUCUACACACAGGCCACCUUGCUCGAAGUAUUUCGGAGAAGUUCAGUUAUUCCUCUGGGAGUCUUUCAUGCUGCGGUGAAGGAGACAACCUUAGCCGGAUACAGAAUACCAGAGGGAGCUAUCAUCGGUCCGAAUCUGUGGGGAAUCCACCACGACCCCGCGCUCUGUCGUAACGUGUGUCAACUAGGCGAGUUGCUGAUUCGUGACAAGUAUCACUCUGUGUGA